GUCGAGACGCUGACGGGAAGAAAACAGUCAAAAAGCGAACACGAGAAAAUCAUCGUCGGAUGACUGCGUCAAAGGAAAGACGCAGUGAAGAAAACUCGUUUUUCGUUACGCCUUUUGUUAACCCGGUGGACCUGGAGCAGAAAAGUGCGGCCCUUGACUUCUGACCCGUUGAGUUGUUAAUUCGUGGAAAAUUGAAUCAAAAAUGUCUACAGAAGUUGCUGUUCCUCCCCCGGCCGUUUGGGCCCAGCGAAACGAUGUCCUGUAUCUGACGAUAAACGUUGAAUGUCCGGAUCCUACCUUCAAGUUUACAGAGGACACCAUGUACUUCAAAGGAGUGGGCCUACCGGAGAAGAAGAACCUCGAAGUCACCAUCAACUUCUACAGCAAAAUCAACCCGGACAAAGUGGUCAGUAAAAACAUCAACCGGUGCAUCGAGUUUGUGAUCACGAAAGCGGACACGAAAGCUCCCUACUGGCCAAAGCUGACCAAUGACAAGACCAAACCGCACUGGCUCAAAGUGGACUUCAACCGAUGGAAGGAUGAGGGCUCGGACGACGAAAUGAACGAAGGAGAUAAUGCCAUGUCAUUGGAAGACAUGUUGCGGAUGAAGAACGACAGCAAGCUUUCCUUCGACGACCUCGACGAUGACCAGGAAGAUUCGGACGACGAAGCAAUGCCUGGUCUAACCGAGGAUAAGGACGACAAGGAAGAGGAAGAGAAGAAGUAAUGGAAACUCUUUUUGCAAGCUUCCAAGAGAGGAUAGCGCUCGGGACCGUUCGGAAAAUGCCAAGCAGUCAAAAAUAACCAUUGAAGUGUGUAAUUUUAUUUAAGAUGUAAGGAGGUAUGAACACAUAAAAGCUAAAAUUAGACCGUUAAGUGAUGUUUGAGAGCGUUGCGUUCAUCCAUUGAAAUUCGUAGAAAGGAAUAUUUUCAAAUAAGUAACAAACUAAGAGAUUGCAAGUCUCUAACAAACACAAUAGAUAACAAGAACGAGGGAUUCUUUCGAACCUUACAUUUAAUCGUUCUCUCAUUUGCAUUGGUUUAGUUUUCUGUUUUAUUCUUAAUAAGGAAAUAAACACAUACAUUACAAUUUCA